AUGGUUCCGCUUUGGCGCUUCAGCGCUGGGGUACUCAAGGACACAGAGGGGAAACCAUAGAGUGGCACGGGCCUCGAAGAGAGACAGAGUGACCGCCACACGUCAGAUUCCCAGAGGCGCCUGGGCCGGGGGCGGUCGCAUCAAAGGCCCCUGAGGAGCCACGCCAGUUCCAGUCGGACCAUAGAGAUGCAGCUCCCGCCAGCCCUGGGGUAGAAGGUGAGAGAGCGGCUGUCGGCGGGAACCAGGGGAAGUGCGGACGCUGCGAGCUGGAGGUAAAAGUUUCUCUAGCCCCAGCUUGAAUAGGCCUUGGAGGUGGGAAGCCGUGGGAGGAGGUGCUGAGGGGAGCGCGUCGAUGAGCGGGGCUCGGGCGCAUCUCUGCUGCACUUGGGCGCCUCAGUCGCGUCACAGCUCCGGGCCCCGCCCGGGUAUCCGCUGCCUCUCCUCAGGACCAUAAUCGUGACGAUGCAUCAUCCCAAGCCUUGCAGGUUUCAAAACGCCUUUCUUUUCCGCUGGAUCUCGUGACUUGGCUGUCGCCGCCUCCACUUUACAGAUAGGAAAGCUGAGGCCCAGAGAAGCGAGGCAAGUGCAUCUGUUCAAGGCCACACGGUGUCCUGGUAAAGGUGGUGGAGGUAUACUUCUGUGAGCGCUGUGAACAGAGCUUUGCAGAGCCUACUCUGCUCUCCCUGCACCAGUGCACUGAGACCCAUAUUCAGGCUGUGCAGGACCUCUCUAGUCCCCCAUGCUCUGUAGAGCUGCCCCCCAGCAACCUCACCCUCCAUGGCCCUCUACAGGACCCCAGCCUGCCAGAUAGCCCCCUGCUAUGUCCUGUAUGUAGACAAGAGUUUGUCCAACCCCAGGCCUUGAAGAGCCACUUCAAGAUUCACCGGGUCACUCCCAACAUGUUCUCCUGCCCAGAGUCUGGCUGUGUGUUCUCUGCUGAAGAUCGCAAGGGUCUGCAGCAUCACCUGAGACAGACCCACAAGGCAGUUCCUGUGCCCUGUUCAUUCCGGGGCUGCUCCCUGCUUUUUGGGAGUCAGCAGGGAAUGGAGCUGCAUCGGCAGGCCCAUUACCCUUUCCACUGCAGCCAUUGCAGCUUCAUGGGCUCCAACGUCAAACUCUUCCGGCAGCAUCAACGGAGCCAUGGAGCCAGUACACGGGGAGAACUUUCUGCUGUUCAGGGCCUUCCAUCACAGGAGCUACUGCCAGCUGCCAAACUGCCUCCAGGAGACAGAGAACCUUCUGAGGAAGCAGGUGCGCCUUUGCCUGGGCAGGAGUCAGCUGAAGAAGAGGAUGUAGAGGAGGAGGAGAAUGUUGCCCAAAAAGACUCCCAGAAAGUCUUGGAUAAAAGCCAAGGGGCUCAGCAGUUGGAAGGGCAUGUGGCUUCAGGCACUGAGUCUCUCUUCAAGACACACAUGUGCCCAGAAUGCAAACGCUGCUUUAAGAAGCGGACCCAUUUGGUAGAGCACCUACAUCUGCACUUCCCAGACCCGAGCCUCCAGUGUCCUAACUGCCAGAAGUUCUUCACCAGCAAGAGCAAACUCAAGACACAUCUGCUGCGGGAGCUGGGUGAGAAGGCCCAUCGAUGUCCUCUGUGCCACUACAGUGCAGUGGAGAGAAAUGCACUUAACCGUCACAUGGCCAGCAUGCACGAGGAUAUUUCCAACUUCUACUCAGACACCUAUGCCUGUCCUGUCUGCCGUGAGGAAUUCCGCCUCAGCCAAGCACUCAAGGAGCACCUCAAGAGCCACACAGCAGCAGCUGCAGCAGAACCUCUACCCCUACACUGCUUUCAGGAGGGCUGCUUGUAUGUAGCUCCCGACCGUAAGGCCUUUCUGAAGCACCUAAAGGAGACCCACGGAGUGCGGGCUGUGGAGUGCCGCCAUCACUCUUGUCCCAUGCUCUUUGCCACAGCCGAAGCCAUGGAAGCCCACCACAAGAGUCAUUAUGCUUUCCACUGUCCCCACUGUGACUUUGCCUGCUCCAAUAAGCACUUGUUCCGUAAACACAAGAAACAAGGUCACCCAGGCAGUGAAGAACUACGGUGCACCUUCUGCCCCUUUGCCACCUUCAACCCAGUAGCCUACCAGGACCACGUUGGCAAGAUGCACGCUCAUGAGAAGAUCCACCAGUGCUCUGAAUGUAACUUUGCCACUGCCCACAAAAGGGUGCUUAUCCGACACAUGUUGCUUCAUACUGGAGAGAAACCUCACAAAUGUGAGCUCUGUGACUUCACCUGCCGAGACGUUAGCUACCUAUCCAAGCACAUGCUGACCCACUCCAACACCAAGGAUUACAUGUGUACUGAAUGUGGCUAUGUCACCAAGUGGAAGCACUACCUGAGUGUGCACAUGCGGAAACAUGCAGGGGAUCUCAGAUACCAAUGCAACCAGUGCUCCUACCGCUGCCAUCGGGCUGAUCAGCUAAGCAGCCACAAACUACGGCACCAGGGCAAGUCCCUCAUGUGUGAGGUGUGUGCCUUUGCCUGCAAGCGGAAGUAUGAGCUUCAGAAGCACAUGGCUUCUCAGCACCACCCUGGCACACCUGCCCCACUCUACCCCUGCCGCUAUUGUAGCUAUCAGAGCCGCCACAAGCAGGCCCUCCUGAGCCAUGAGAACUGCAAGCAUACCCAUCUCCGUGAGUUUCACUGUGCCCUCUGUGACUACCGUACCUUUAGCAACACCACACUCUUCUUCCACAAGCGUAAGGUCCAUGGCUACAUGCCAGGGGACCAGGUUUGGCAGUUCUGCAAUGCCAGCCAAGAGUUGGAGGGGGCCAGGCAGUGCCUGGCACCUCCUUCAGACUCAGGACCUUCAAGCCAGCUAUCUGCUCAGCCUGAGAAAGAAGACCAUGAACAUGAGAUUGGGGCCAGCUCCAUUGUGGACCAGGCCCUGCCAGAGACAAAUGAGGAGGCCAGCACCAAAAGGCAAGAUGGCAUUGAGGCUCCCCAAGAGGAUGACCAGGUUGGCAGCCCCAGCCUGGGGGAGGUGGAAGAGGGUGGCUGCACACUACACUUGGAGGCCCUGAGAGUAGAACUAGAACCUGAGGCAGAGCCACCACCCCUUGAAGAGCUCACUGAAACAGCUGCUGUGGAGUUCAGGCCUCUAGAGCCCUCAGGACCCCUCAGAACAGACAGACCGGGUGGCCUGGCAGAGCCUCAACUGCCCGACUUUGACAGUGCUGGGACCCCUGCCUUUGACAGUGCUGGGACUCCUGCCUUUGACAGUGCUGGGACUUCUGCCUUGGUUGCUGAGGAAGAGCCUCUUCUGGAGAAGCUAGCCUCUGAACCUCCCAGAAAUCCCCUAAUCUCUGAGGAAGCGCCUAACACAUUCAAGGCAACUCUGACUGCCGAAACUGUACCGUUGCCUCAGGUUCCUGAGUCAGAGUCACUACUUAAGGCCAUGAGGAGACAGGACAAAGAACAAGCAGAAGCAUUAGUGCUGGAGGGCCGGGUGCAAAUGGUAGUGAUCCAGGGAGAAGGAAGAGCCUUCCGCUGCCCACACUGUCCUUUUAUCACUCGCCGGGAAAAAGCCCUAACUCUGCACUCCAAAUCAGGGUGCCAAGGUCGCCGAGAGCCCCUGCUGUGCCCCGAGUGUGGAGCUAGCUUUAAGCAACAGCGUGGCCUCAGCACCCAUAUGUUGAAGAAAUGCCCUGUUCUUCUCAGAAAGAACAAGGCUUUGGCUUUGCCCAAACCUGUUUCUCCCACUCUACAUCCUGAGCUCCCAAGUAGCCAAGCCUCACAGGAUGCUGAAAGUAGGAAGCCCCCACCUUCACCAUCAAAGGUAGAGCUCUCGAUUUCAAAAGAUGCUUCUUCUGAGCUCCCUGGGGAGCCAGGAGUAGAGGAACAUCUUCCUACGCCCUCUGACUUUCCAACCUCUCCACCAGGAAACUCCUUGCCCACAGGGACCUCUGAGAAGUUCCACUUUGAGCAAGGCAAGUUUCACUGCAACUCGUGCACGUUUCUUUGUUCUCGGCUCUCCUCCAUUACCUCCCAUGUGACUGAAGGCUGCAGAGGAGCACAUAGCCAGGGAAGAAAGCGUGGGCGCCCCCAGACCCAUGCUGUUGUGCUGCCUCUUAACAAUGGGGACUCUACCCUCCUGAAUACUGGGAGUACAGACUCCAGCCCUGGUGAUAGGGACACAGCUGUGGUUCAGAAGCAAAAGGGCACCCUCUACUCCUGCCCAACAUGUCCCUUUAGCUGUCAGCAGGAACGGACCCUGAAGACUCACCAGACACAGGGCUGCCCCCUUGAGCCUGGAGAUCUGCACUGUGGUCUCUGCCCAUUUACUGCUCCUGCUCCUGCAGCACUGAGGCUCCAUCAAAAGCGGAGGCAUCCCACUGCAUCCCCAGCCUCUGGCCCGCGGCCCCUUCUGCAGUGUGGGGACUGUGGCUUUACCUGCAAGCAAAGCCGGUGCCUUCAGCAGCAUCGGCGGCUCAAGCAUGAGGGUGUGAAGCCACAUCAGUGCCCUUUCUGUGACUUUUCUACUACUAGACGCUACCGGUUAGAGGCCCACCAGUCUCGACACACAGGUGUUGGCCGCAUCCCUUGCAGCUCCUGCCCUCAGACAUUUGGUACCAACUCCAAACUGCGUUUGCACCAACUACGAGUCCAUGACAAAACACCCACCCACUUCUGUCCACUCUGUGACUAUAGUGGUUACCUUCGUCAUGACAUCACUCGCCAUGUCAACAGCUGUCACCAGGGUACCCCAUCCUUUUCCUGCUCUCAGUGUGAGGCCCAGUUUAGCUCAGAAACAGCACUAAAGCAGCAUGCUCUGCGACGACACCCAGAACCAACACCUUCCUCUGGCUGUCCUGUAGAUGUCACUGAGGGCCCGUUACACUGUUCCCACUGUGGCCUGCUCUGCCCCAGUCCUGCCAGCCUUCGAGGACACACCCGAAAACAGCACCCAAGGCUGGAGUGUGGGGCCUGCCAGGAGUCCUUCCCUAGCCGGCCAGCACUGGAUGAACAUCGGAGGCAACAUCAUUUCAGCCAUCGCUGCCAGCUCUGCAGCUUUGCUGCCCGGGAGCGAGUAGGCCUGGUGAAACACUACCUGGAACAGCACGAGGAGACUUCAACAGCACCCUCAGAUGGGGAUGCUGGCCAGCCCUCUCUCUGCUGCCCCUUUUGUGACUUUGCCUGUCGCCAUCAGUUGGUGCUUGAUCAUCAUGUAAAGGGACAUGGAGGUACCCGGCUCUACAAGUGUACUGACUGUGCCUAUAGCACCAAAAAUAGGCAGAAGAUUACCUGGCACAGUCGCAUUCACACUGGGGAAAAGCCUUACCGCUGUCACCUCUGUUCCUAUGCCUGUGCUGACCCUUCUCGACUCAAGUACCACAUGCGGAUCCAUAAGGAGGAACGGAAGUACCUGUGCCCCGAGUGUGGGUACAAGUGCAAGUGGGUCAACCAACUCAAAUACCACAUGACCAAGCACACAGGACUGAAGCCAUACCAAUGUCCUGAGUGUGAGUACUGCACCAACCGUGCUGAUGCACUUCGUGUACACCGGGAGACGCGGCACAAAGAGGCACGGGCUUUCAUGUGUGAGCAGUGUGGCAAGGCAUUCAAGACACGCUUCCUGCUGCGCACCCACCUCCGAAAGCACAGUGAGGCCAAACCCUAUGUUUGCAAUGUUUGCCACCGUGCUUUCCGCUGGGCUGCUGGACUGCGACAUCAUGCUCUUACCCAUACUGACCGCCACCCGUUCUUCUGCCGCCUCUGCAGCUACAAGGCCAAGCAAAAGUUCCAGGUGGUCAAGCAUGUGCGUAGGCACCACCCCGACCAGGCUGACCCCAACCAAGGUGUUGGCAAAGACCCUACCACUCCCACAGUGCAUCUACAUGAUGUGAAACUGGAAGAUCCCAGCCCUCCGGCUCCUCCUGCUCCCCCUACUGGACCUGAGGGCUGAGCCCCUUCCCCAUCUCUGGUAUAGGAAAAAGAUACAGGCCAAGAUAUGCAAACUGGAACUAUAGCUAGCCUGAGGAACUCAGGGCGUGAGGGAGGACUGGCUUUGGGAUGUCAGUGUGGCUGGAACACACUCUCUACCCUUGGGACUCUAGCCUUUGAAAUGAACAGUUAUAUAAAAGAUAGGCUUGGACUAAACCAUUGAUUUCUUCUUGAGUAGUGUUAUGGUUUGACCUGUGACUGAAUCUCCAGUGACCACCAUUGUUGCAUCAGAGGCCCUGGCUAUAAGGGCUUUGUUUUGUUUUUGGUUUUGUUUGUUUGUUUGUUUGUUUUUCACUCCAUCAUCUCUUUCCUUUUUACUGCUUCAAAUCCUAUUUUCUCUCACCAUUUUCUAAAGAAUUGUACCUAAUUGCAUGUGUCCUUGCGCCUAAUGCUCUGUAAAGCAUGUAAACAGAAGCUUACCAGUUUAACAGACUUGUCUGGCUCCCUGUCCUAUGGUCCCUAGGUUGUCAUCUCCUCCUGAGCCUCUGUCCUUUGUCUCUUCCAACCUCAAAGCAGCUCUAAAACAGACCUAGGUUACCUGUGCAGGCUCUUUCUUCCCUUGCUCUUAGAUUCAAGCUCUUAUUUGUCACAAGAGGAUUCCCACCCGUUCAGCUUCCCUCCAGAAGCAGCUUUAAACAGCAGUCGGAGAACUGGCGCAGCAGCAGCAGCAGCGAGUACAGGCAUUGAGGCCGUGUAAAGGCCUAACCAGGGAAGGCUAUACACCUUCUCUGCUUUUGCUGCAUUCCUUAUAGGCUUCUCUUCCAUUCCCAUUUGCAGCACAAAGAGGAGAGCCAUUAGAAACUCUGUUUCUCUGCACCACAAGGCUCCCCUCCGUACUUCCCCUUCUUGCCCAACAAUGACAGACCAUACAGAAGCCAAGUUGGACAGAGAAGCUCUAUUUAGACCAGCUAAGGAGCAGCAGUCCAGUGGGGACUCGGCUGUGCACUGUUCUCUAGAGUCAUAGUUCUGGGUCAGGAUUCUUCCUCAACCUUCACCUGGGAACCUUGGUCCGCCACUGAUCCUUUGGCUGGCUCUGGAUGCUGAGGAAGUUGUAGGUUGGAAAAGAGUGCAUCUGUAGAUUGUUCUGCUUCAAGACCCUCCCU